AUAUCCUUCCUCGAGUCGCCCAUCAGCCUGGGGCCACACUAUGCCAGCCAGAGGAAAGCGGUCUUCCUCCAGGUCACACUCCAGAGCCCCGACCCCAGCCUGAGGCUCUUUGUGGAUACCUGUGUGGCUUCUCCAGAUCCCCGUGAUUUUACGACUGUCAAGUACGAUUUGAUCCGGCACGGGUGCAUCAAAGACAAAAGCUAUGUCAACCUCCACUCCCACCAGAAGAACACGGCCCAGUUCAAGUUCAACGCCUUCAACUUUCUCAGCAGCUAUGAUGUGGUGUAUCUGCAGUGUGAGGUCGCCGUGUGCAAAGUGGGGGACCAUUCCUCCCGCUGCUCCCAGGGCUGUGCAGAGCGGAGUAAGAGGGAUGUGGGCCCCAAAGAGACCACAGAAGAGCGGACUGAGCAUUUCCAAGUGGUGGGGCCACUGGAAGUCCACAGAGGGACGGGGCGGAACAAGACCCUUGUUUGAUUUCUCCACUUUUCACGUGAUUCUGUUAUUAGAAAGCAAAGUCUAUUUCCCUUCCGCAAUGUAAUAAGUUUGAGAAAUCAGAAGUUGUCCACACAGCGACAGGUGAAACUGCUAAAGAAGUUCUCUCUGAAGUUUGUUGCUAAAUAAACCUUCUCUGAUUACUAAA